AUGUGGCAGCCAUCCACCAGAGCAGGUGACAGCCUGUUGGAAACGUUACCUCACUGGAGUAAGCGAGCGAAAUGGGUCCCCUUCCUCACCCUCUGCAUGGCUUUUCUCUGGCCUCCAGGGGCAGAGGGGUCAACCCUAAACUGCCAUAAGACGUGCAUCUGUGCCUCCAACAUAGUCAGCUGCUCCAAGAUGAAUUUGACCACUGUCCCCAUUGUCAUACCGCACUACACUGGCGUACUGGAUCUCAGCUACAAUGAGAUCGCACGGCUGCGUUCCGAGUGGACCCCAGUCAAGCUCCCGAAGCUCCACAACCUCCUCCUCAGCCACAAUGGCCUCGAAUUCUUGUCUUCAGAGGCGUUCGUGAAUGUGAAGAACCUGCACUACUUGGACCUGUCCUCCAACCACUUGCGUCAGCUGGAGGAGUUCAUCUUUGAGCCCUUGGUCAACCUGGAGGUCCUGCUGCUGUACCAUAACCAAAUUUCCCAGAUUGACCGCACAGCCUUUACUGGCAUGAUCAACCUUCAGAAGCUCUACCUUAGCCAGAACCAAAUCUCCCGCUUCCCCCUGGAGCUAGUGAAGGAGAAGUCCCGCCUGGAGAAGCUUAGCCUCCUGGACGUGUCCUCCAACAAGAUCAAGAUGUUUCCCAUUGAUGAGCUCCAGGUGCUGCCUGCUUGGAUUAGAAAUGGCCUCUAUUUCCACAAUAACCCUCUGCUGUGUCACUGUGAUCUGUACACACUCCUAGCACAUUGGUACCUUCGAAAACUCAACUCCGCUGUGGACUUCAAAGAUGACUACACGUGUAUUCUCCCUGGCCUGCCAAAAACACAAGUAGGUGUUUUUGACCUCAGCGGCGACUAUAUGAACUGCAGCACAUUCAAGGAGGCGGAUGAAGAAGGUUUCCUCGAGCAAAAGCUGAUCCUGGGAUGUGACACCAAACACAGGGACAUGAUAAAGACCUGGAAAAUGCCUGGCAAUGUGCCGGUGUCACCUGAAAGCAACCAGACAGCCAAAGUCUUGGAGGAUGGACGUCUACAGAUUAGUUCGGUGAGGUCUGAGGACUCUGGGACCUACACAUGCUUUGCGACGAGCGAGGCCUACAAUGAGACGAUCUAUGUGGUGCUGAAGGUUCACAACUUCACCAUGCAUGGGGGCGGGGAGUCCAUGAACACAGCAUAUACCACCUUGGUGGGCUGCCUGGCCAGCGUAGUGCUGGUGCUUAUGUACCUUUACCUGACGCCGUGUCGCUGCUUCUGCUGCCCCAACAAGGGUAAGACUCGUGGUGAGGACAGCAUCCACUCCUCCAUGCUCAGUGUGUCACCGUCCCACGAGGACCCAGAACUCAAAGCUGAGCUGAACAGGCACGUGGCGUUCAUAGGCUCAAAGGACUUGCAGGGCCAGAACGGGAAGCUGAACCCAAACGGGAAGGAGGAGGACGACGAUCUGGAUGCAGAGGCUGGUUCUCUAAUGAAGGGCAAGAGGAAGAAGUCGGUAGCAGAGUCCAUUAGCUCCGUCUUUUCAGACACUCCCAUGGUGGUCUGA